AUGCUCGCCUGCGCCGCUAGCAACACCGGAAGGAUGAGAGGAUCCGCCGUGUUCUUUGGCCUGAAGUCGUGGGCCGACAGACUGCACCAGCAAUUGCCACUCAGCAAGAAAGAGUCGCAGCGCCUAUUAACCGCACUCACAAGCUCUUUUCGUCAGCGGCUCGAUGAGGUGCAUCCCAAGUCCGUUGCGGAGAAGCGUCCUACCGAAGCUCAAAUUAGCACGCCACUCCCAGACGGACGACCAUUCCACUCUUCGGCAGCAUCAGCGGACACUCAUCUGGCUUCCAUUCUGACUAGCCCUUUGCUGAGCAAGGAUGUGAAGACUGUCAGUACCGCCGACCAGAACUACGCCAAAGCCAGCACUGAGUUACAAAAGAACCCCGGGAAGGAUCCCAUCUCAUUAUUGGAAGAAUAUCAUGAGAAAGGCAUCGCUUCGGUUGCGAUCACACGCUUGUGCCUUCGCAAGUUCGAAGAAAACCUGAAAGCUCUGCCAGUGGCAAAACAGAGAACACUCGUCACCGAGACACAGCCUGGAAAACGUGCUCUUCUUGUGCUGUGGGCUGCGAAGCUUUAUGAAACGGAGGAGUUCGUGGAAGACUAUGUACUCAUGAGAUCCCUAACUCAUGCUCUUAUGCGGGAGGGCCUGGAGCAAUAUCUGUGGGAUUGGAUCAUAAUGGACAUGACCCUGGGAACGGAGUGGCAGGCGUCCAGCGCUGAUGUGCCCGUGAAUGAUCAGCGUCGGUCGAAGGCAUACUUCCUUCACCGAUGGAAAGGUAGAGUUAUACACGGUAUGGUCGCCAACACAGUUGAUGGGUUCUACGGGGUACCCGGGUCAUUGGAUGCGGCAAUUGGCAUAUACUUGAAAGCUCAAGCAAUCCGCGGGAGUGAGUCUAGGCACGACCGAGCUUCCAAUCCCACACUGGUACCCCUGCGUGCUGCUGGUGCUUACCUCCACGGCAGGCUGACCCAGCUGCGGAGUGCUGAGGAUAUCGUGGACGUCGAGUUGUACGACGCAUUCAAGGCAAGUUCACGCACAGUGCCAUACGUCAAGGCAGGAUCCAUUGCGCAGGAGCUGAACGACGGGAUCCUGGACCUUUACCACCCUGCUCGUUCAGAUGGCAACGUGAUCGUUGUCACAUUUCGCAAACUUUUCGGUAAUGAUCUCGACCGUGAGGAGACUACCUGGAUAGAGAAGUCAGGAAUCAACAGCCACGAUUUGAAGAGAAACAACAUCUGGAUCACGCAUCUCACGCGGCUCGUAUAUGUACUACGAUUACAGGGUCGUCACGAGGACGCGGCAUGGGUACGUCAAUGCCUUCAUGACAGAUAUCCAGGUCAAAGGGACCUGGCAUAUCGAUUGCUGGGUAACUUUGCGAGAUAUGGCAAGAUCAAGACUGGGCCAGUGAUUGCGCGACGAUCAGAGCGCCAAAGCGCUUCAGAGCCGGUCCGGCUGCCUGUUCCAACACUUACAUGA